AUGAACACUAAGCUCAAUCCAGAAGAGUCCAUGAAGCAAUUGUUAACAAGCAAAAGUUCCAAAAAAGAGAACAGUGACGGGUCAUGGAUGAGAGUGGUACGGUCCAUCAAAAAUGGAAAAGGGGUUAGGGUUAUCCUGUUUGUGAAUUCCCAAAUUCACGCGAAACAACUGAGAAUUUCUCUUCUUCCUCACAAACCAGACGGUGCGAUCUCUUCAACUCACUCACCUUCCACUACCGCGAAAUCUCCUUUGCCUCAAUUCUCCACCGUGUCGACUUGUCUGUCCUGUUUCCUGUUUCAUUCAUCUCUCUCCGCUGCAAACUUAACGAUGUUCUCCGUCUCCUCUGGCUCAAUCCACGACGUUCAUCCUUCUCCAACACAGCUUCUCAUCACUUCCGAUCAGUGUUUCUUCGCUUCAACGAUUCCGCUUCUCUGUGUUUCUAUGCUUGAGUGUCGCAAAUCGUUAUUGUUUGCGUUACAGAAAGAUGAUGAUGAUGAAUAUUGUGAUGCAAAUCAAAAUUUCCGAAACGGUGAAGUUGUUGAUGUGCGUGUUGUUGCCAAUGGUGAUGAUGAAGAUGUACGAUUUGUAGAGAAGCGUCGCGGUUAA